AAGAAAGAAGAAAAUUCACAAAUUAAAGCUCUUUUAAUAAUUAAUUACAAAUUCAAAAUAUAGCUCUAAAAUGAAUAGAAUGGGACUUACUAAGGGCUUGUUAACGAUUAAAAUAAAAAGGAUUUAUUUGGCAUGUUUUUGUGGGAUUCAGGAGACUUUUAUGUAGGAGAAUGGAAAGAUAAUAAAAUUAAUGGGCAAGGAAUUAUUUAUUUUAGCUCUGGUGGAUACUUAGAAGGAUAGUUUAUCAACUCAGUUGUUAAUAAUAAAUCAUUAUUAGUCUUUCCUAAUAAUGAUAAAUAUUUUGCAAAUUGGAAAUAGGGUCAUCUUGAUGGGAAAGUGACAAUGCUAUUCAAAGGGACAAAAAAAUAAAUUAUAGCUAUUUAUGAAAAUGGAUAAUUUCGCAAAGUUGAAUCUAUUAAAGAGAAUAUUAAAGAAGUUAAAUCUGUGAAAGAAUUUUAGUAGAAAUAUGAUAUUUCAAAGCUUAUUUAAAAAUAUUCAGCGUUACUUUCUAAUGGGGUUUCAUCUAAUAAACUUCAGGAUAAUCAAGAAUAAAUAAUCUUUUCAAAAAUUAACUUUUAAGAUGGAGGAUUUUUUAUUGGGAUUACUUAAAAUAAUAUUCCUAAUGGUUUGGGUCUUUUUUAAUACUCUGAUUAAAAAUUUGACUGUGGAUUUUAUAAAAAUGGCUUCUUAAAUGGAAACGGAAGAAAGAACUUUCCUAAUGGCGAUUUCUACGAAGGCUCUUUUAAUCAAGGAAAGUUUGAAGGAGAAGGCUUGAUCUUCCAUAAAUUACAAAAUACUUAUUAUUUUGGAAUAUUUAAAGAUAAUAUUUUAGUUAAUGAACAACAAAAAGGCGAGGGCUACCCUAAGGAAAUGUUAAAUAAAUAAAAAAAUCUAAAACGUCAAAAUGGGUUUAACUAUAAUGGAGAAGUUGUUUCUCAAGAUUGGAUGAAAUUGUCUAUUUUUCAUAAUUUAUAAUUCAUUGGAAAUAUUGGAAGAUAGGAUUAGAAUAAAGUUCUAAAGUCAAAUCAAAAUUAACCAAAUAAUUAGUUUUGCCUAUCAGCUCACACAACUUCUAGAGUAAAGGAUAACACAUAAAAAUAUCAUUAGAAGAAUCUUGAUACUGUAUAUUAUUUAAAUUAAAAGAUGAGAACCACUCAAAAUGCAUAAACUAAUACAAAAGUUUCUAAAGAAAACAUACUUUAAAUGGAUAAAGGAGUUUAAGCUAUUCAUAGAAAAAAUUAAGGAAGCUUAGAUUUAACAAGAGUGCCUUGCAUUGAUUAAAACUUCAACAGUUUAUAAAAAACAAAAAGCGAAUAUAUGACUUUGUAAACAUUCAAUGAUAAUAAUUUAAGUAAUUUUUAUAUUUAGCUCUAAUAACCUCUACAAUAGCAGUAAAUUAAUUAAGUUUAAUCGUAAUAACAAUAAAUUAAUUAAACUUAAUCAUAACAAUCGCUUCCUAAUUCAUAACAAUAACCUAAGAACGAAUAAUAAGAGGAUUUCGAUGAAGAAUGUGGUCGGUAAAGAAAAUUAAGUACUAAAGCAAGGAGGUAGUCACCUUAUUUAUCACCUCUCUCAAGACCUAAUUCAUCUUAAAAAUAAAGCAUUGCAAUACAUAGUCCUCAAUUCGAAAUUAAAUAAAAGAAAAUUUUGAAUAGCCCUCAAACUUAUAAUUUAAAUAAGUAUAAUAAAAUGAUUGGCUAUUUCUAAUAAAAAAAUUUAAUAAAAAAGGACCUUUCACUAAAUAGUAAUUAAAAUUAAGAUUUUAGAGCUCAGUCUCCCAUUGAAAAAAUACAAAAAACAAAAAACUAAAAAACUAACCCAAUAGAUUUGAAAAAACUAAAUUAAUUUAAUAAAAAUAAUCAACAAAAUAUUCAUAAUAUUAACAAUAAUACUGGAUAGUUGUAAAAUAUUUCUCCUCUAAUCACUUAGAAAUCUCAACCAUGUUUGAUAUUAACAAAUUCACCCGAGUCUUAUAUUAAAAUAAGUGAACAUUAAAUUAUAAAUUAAAGCUCUCAACAAAUUCCGUUUAACAAUAAUUCUGAUAAUAUUUAAAAUGAAAAAUCACCCCAUAACAAAAUAGAAGAAGGUUUUGACUGUGAAUCAUAAAAAGAUAUAUCAAUAGAAGCUCAAAGAACUAAAUGCGACUCUCAAGGUGAUUUAAUUCAAUAUGAAAAUAAUAGAACCUCUUAUCUUAGCCAACCUAGUAUACAAAAACCAAAAAAUUCUAUAGCAACUGUUGUUAAUUUAAAUAAGCAACAAUCCUAUGAAAAUAAAGGAAUGUCUGCGACACAUAAUUCUUACCUAAACGACACUCCAUCAAGAUAAUCUUAUAAAAGCUCAAAUUCAUAAAAUAAAGACAAAAGCAAGUAAAAUCUAUCUUAAAAUUAGAAACAAUCAAUUCCUUUAUAAUCUGAAGAAGCGAUGAGACAUUAUUAUUAAACGAGAAUUAAAAAAUAAGCUCCUGAAGAAAUUCAUUUAAAAGAAUAUCAUUUAAAAAACAAACUUCAAACAACUCUGUCUACAAAAAAUAUAGGUUCUAACAAUAGAAAUAAUAGUAGCAACAGUAAUGCUCUUGGAUUAUUUGAAUAAAAGAAUACAACUCAAAACUCUAAGAUUAAAGAGAUGGAGAAGAAGAAAAACACUUUAGUAAACCAAAAUAAAAAUAAAUCAGGUUAAAAUUAGUAAUAAAAAAGUAAACUUUAAGGAAAUAAAAGUUAGUAGUAAAAGCCACUUAAAGGACUUCUAUCAGUCAAAUCGUAAGACAACUUAGUAAAAGAUGCUGUCUGUUCUUUUUCAAGCCUGUAAGAAUAGUAGGUUGCUGUGACUUAACCAGAUGAAUCUUAAAAAUCUAAAUUUUUUAAAAUUGAGUAAUUAUAAAUUUAAGAGGAUGAUUUGUAAUUCAUACAAGAGCAAGAGUAAUAAAUAAAAAAUGAAAUAAUUCAAAAUGAUCAAAAAAGCCUAGAAUAAAGUUACGAGUUUUAAGAAAAUAAUGAAAAUAACGAAAAUAAAAAUUUAUUAAAUUAAAAGUAAAAUUAUCAAUAGGCAAAUAUAAGAAAAAGCGAUUGUCUUAUCUCAAAUUCACCAAAAAAAUAAAAUGAAAAAGGUAUUGAAAAUAUCAAAUUAAUGAAGGUAAUUUCUACUGAAAAUGAGAUUUAGAAUAAUGAAAAUAGUCAAAUAAAUAGUAACAAAGAACAAUCUUAAAUUCAAAAUAAUUUAAAAAGCACUAUAUCUGAUUAAAUAAGGCAUAUUUUACAUAUGCAGAAGGUUUAAAAUAACCAAAAGCAUAAAUUUUCUAUGAAACCAUUUUUGCUUUAAGGAAAUUAAAGUAAAUUUAAUUAAAACCAAGAAAACAGAAGAAGUGAGAAUUAAAUAUCUUAAACACUCAACUAAUUUAGUUAAGAAAUUCAAAAUUAGAAUACAUUAAACUUAUAGAUAAAAUCAAAAUCUAAGAUUGAUGAAAUUUUAAUGAAAAAAGAAUAAUAUCAAUCCAUUUUUCCAGCAGAUAAUUUAUAAAAUAAGUAAGAGAGACAUAUUCUUACUCCUUUUCAUCCUGCAAAAACUCCAUAGCAUAAAGAAAUAUAAAGUACAAACUCAUAUUAGCUAAAAGCUUAAACUAAUGAGAGUAUAAGAUCUUUCAAUUAGAAAAUGUCUUCGUAUAUGAGUUUUUAAGAGAGAAUUAAUGCUAUCGGCUAAUGUAUUUACAAAAAGGAUUGGAAUGCAACCUAAUCAUUUAAUUCAAUUGCAAGUCUUAGUCGAAAUAACAGUGUAAUUAUAGAAAAAAAUUAAAAUUCUGAAGACAAUUUAAAUAUAAUUAAUACAUUUUCUUCAAAUAAUAUUAAUUCUAAAGAAGAAUUAUAAUAAAAAAGUGAUCAAACAAAUUAAUUGUGUUAACAACCUUUGUAAAAUAAUGUUAAUUAGCUAGUUGCUAAUUAUUUUUAGGCAUAAAAUAAUGUAUCAGAAUUAAAUAUCCAAGUCACAUCUAAAUAAUCAACUAAUGAGCAAGAUAUGCAAAGUGAUCCAAUCAAUAUAGUAGAAAGCAAUUUUGACUUAGAAGUUAUUAAUAUUGAACAAGAAAAAUAAGAGUCGUCAGUUGAUAGUAAAUAAAAGCAUGAUUAUAUAUUCGAUGGGAUUGUUUAAUCAAACUAUAACUCAUUAGUAUCUGAAGAAAAAAUCAUAUUAUAACAAUUUGAAACAAAUUCACUUUAAAGUUCUUAAAAGUUGAAAUGCCUCUAAGAAUAAACAAAAUAGAGUUAACCAGAGUAAUUAACUAACCUUCCAGUAGAAAAUAUAGAGAAAUAGCUUUAAUAUGAGGAACCUUGUAAUGAUAAUUAUAACUUUGGUAUUCUUAAAACAGAAGAAGGAGAGGGAGAUUCAAUCAAUAAAAAUGAUCUUGCUUGCCUUUAACUCAAAGGGAUGAAUGAGUCAGAUUUAUUUAAUGAUUAAAGUGAAAAAUCAAGCAAUAUAAAUGAGCUAUAAAUUGAUUAAAAAUUAUUUAAUGAAGAAGAUUUGUUAGGUUUAAAUGCUCUUGAUGAAAUUUUUUCAUAAAACUCAGGAUCAAUGUGCUCCUUUACACCUCCAAAAUAAUAAGAUGUAGGCAAAUCUCAUUUUAAUCAAUAAUAAAAGGCAAAGGAUGGACUUUAUUUUAAUCAAAAAAUUGAACAAACAAAUGAUAAAGAUUUAGAUUCAGAUUUAGAAUUUAAAAAUAUUUUUAAUUUUUAGCUCAAUCUCGAUAACCUAGAUAUAUUUUCAAUCAACUAAGAAAGUUAAAGCUUUAACAAUUAAAACAGUUGCACUACAAACGGCAUUAACAAUUAAAAUUCUGGUGAAAUAGGUGAUUUGUCAGGUUUAUCACCAAUAAAUAUGAAAGAAAGUAAUCUAGACGAUUAAUUCUAAUAAGAAUAAAUGAUUACAGAAUUUCAUUUUUAUGAAGAUCUUCUUUUGCAAUAAAAAAAUGAUAUAUGUGACCUCAAUUAAAAAGAGGAAAAUAAUAAAUAUAAUUAAAAAUAUAAGCCUAUCCUUGAAAGUAUCUAAGAGAUGGUUGCUGAGGAUUAAUACACUUCACCAAAAAAGAAACAAAAGAAUUGUUAACGUUAAACUUCAAAAAGCAACUAAGAUCUUGAUUUAAUUGUUCAAUAAAUUUAAUUCUGA